AUGCCGGGGAAAUCAAUCCUCUCGGUCAACGCGGGCUCCUCGUCCGUCAAAAUCACCUUCUACACGUAUGAGAAGACCCCCAAAGCUAUUGCGAAUGCGCAGGUCUCAGGCAUCACCGCGCCCCCAGCAACACUGAAGUAUACGCUCGGCGAGAAGCAGCGCAAAGAGGAACUGAAGGAGGAGGUCAGCACUCCACAGGAUGCAUUCAAGCUGCUCUUGAAGCGCUGCUUUACAGACCCCGAUCUCUCAGAUGUCGCGAGCAGCGAUGACCUUGCGUAUAUCUGCCAUCGUGUUGUGCACGGCGGGGACUUUGAGUCUGCGACUGUAAUUACUGAAGAGACGUAUCACCAGCUUGAGAAGCUAGAGGAUCUAGCACCUCUGCACAACUUCUCCGCUCUCGAGAUCGUCCGGCUUUGCAGAAAAGAGCUCCCCGACGUCCAAAGCAUCACGUUCUUCGACUCCUCCUUCCACAGCACCCUGCCCCCCUACGUGAAGACAUACCCGAUUGACCAGAAAGUCGCCAAAUCGAAUAAGCUGCGGAAGUACGGGUUCCACGGGAUAAGCUACUCGUUCAUCCUGCGCUCCGUCGCUGGGUUCCUGAACAAACCAGUCGAAAAGAGCAAUCUGAUCGCCCUGCAUGCAGGGAGUGGCGCUUCGAUAUGCGCGAUCAAGGAUGGCCGAUCGGUUGAUACUUCGAUGGGAUUGACACCCCUAGCCGGAUUACCAGGCGCCACUCGCAGCGGCGAUAUUGACCCAUCGCUCGUGUUCCACUAUACCAGUGAGGCGGGGAAGCUCAGCCCUGCGAGUACCAAGGAGAUGCACAUCAGCACUGCAGAGGAGAUUCUGAACAAGAAAUCCGGAUGGAAGGCUCUCACGGGCACGACGGACUUUUCGCAAAUAGGCGUGGAGAACCCGCCGAGCGAGGAGCAUAAGCUUGCAUUUGACAUUCUUGUUGAUCGCAUCGUGGGGUUCGUUGGGAACUACUACGUCAAGCUCGACGGUCAGGUCGACGGGAUUGUCUUCGCCGGAGGAAUUGGGGAGCAAAGUGCGUUGUUGAGGAAGACCAUUGUUGAGAAAUGCCGCAGUCUGGGGUUCGCGAUUGACCCUGCGGCGAACGAACGAGGUCCGGGGGAGAAUGAGACGGUGGUGGAUAUCACCGCUCGUGGGAAGCCCGAUGCGAAGCGGGUGUUGAUCUGCCAGACUGAUGAGCAAUUCGAGAUGGCGUAUAGCUGCAUCCAGACGCGAGGUCUUGGUAGUUGA